AUGGAUGGAGAGGUUCAACGAUAUGCCCGUCAGAAUAUCAAUGCCGCUGGUCUGGGUAUUCGUAACAUUCGUUCCGGCGCUGCUACGGUAGCGGUUUAUGUUCGUUUCCUCAACCUGACGGAUGUAGAUGUGGAUGGAAGGGGAAUCCGUUAUGGUCAAUUGAAGAAAUCGCAAUAUUUGGAUAUAAGUACCUACGAAGGUCACCCGUGGAUAUUUAGAGAGUCAGGAGUUGGAGAUCUACUUAUAGGACAACCUGGUCGGAUUUCUAAAGUUGUGCAAAGUUUGCUUGUCCAUCGACUUCAAUAUGUAAGCAUGUUUGAACCGAAUCCUCUGGUUGGACGGCGUCUUCGAGCCACAGUACGACGAUACAUGAACCCUUCGCUAGAGAUGCCUGAGCCUUUACCCCCUCUUCGCGAUGUUGCAAGAGAAGAUCCUGGGGAGAAUGCUGAACAAAUGGAGGAGUAA